AUGUCAGCUGCCAAUGACACCAAAAUCAACUCUGCAGUGUUCUUUUUUACCGGGAUACCUGGGCCUGAAUAUUUCCAUCUCUGGAUCUCUAUCCUCUUCUGCUUAAUAUAUGUUAUUUCUAUAGUAGGAAAUUCAGUCAUUCUGUUUGUUAUAAAAACAGACCCAAGCCUCCACGAGCCCAUGUACAUUUUCCUUUCCAUGUUGUCUCUCACAGACCUUGGCUUAUCGAUAGCCACCAUACCGACAACUCUGGGUAGAUAUUUGUUUAACUCUAGGGAGAUCAGCCUCAAUGCCUGUUUUGCCCAGCUGUUCUUUAUCCACUCGCUUUCAUACAUUGAAUCCUCCGUGCUCUUGCUGAUGGCCUUUGACCGCUUUGUUGCAAUCUGCUACCCACUGAGAUACGCUUCCAUCUUAACUCUGCCAAGAAUAGUCAAGAUGGGACUAGUGUUUGUGCUAAGAUCUGUGUCCCUAAUAUUGCCCCUCCCCUUUCUCCUGAAACGAUUCCAAUACUGUCGAGCUAAUGUCCUCUCCCAUUCCUACUGCUUGCACCAGGAGGUCAUGAAGAUGGCAUGCUCAGACAUCUCAGUGAACAGUAUCUAUGGCUUGUCUAUUAAACUCUUAACAGUGGGGUUGGACUCCGUGUUCAUCUUCCUCUCCUAUGUGAUGAUCUUCAAAACUGUGCUGAGCAUCGCAUCCCGUACAGAGAGCCUCAGGGCCCUGAACACCUGCAUCUCCCACCUCUGCGCCGUCCUGCUCUUCUACGUACCCGAGAUUGGCUUGUCUGUGAUCCACAGAUUCGGGAACAACUCUUCUCUCUUGCUUCAGGUUCUCCUGGGCUACGUCUACCUGCUGGUCCCAUCCCUGAUGAAUCCGAUUGUGUACAGUGUGAAAAGCAAACACCUCCGAGAGAGGAUACUCAGGGUGUUAGGCAAGUGA